GGUAAGCUCGUUUUUAUUUAAGGAAAUGAGAAAGUGACACAGGUAUACUUUUCUCUGGGCGAGUACACGUGUGUAGACCAUUAACUCAACCAUGGACGGGUUCCUACUGAUGUUUACUGUUGUAUAUUUUGAGGUGGCACAUAGUUACCCUCCCCAGUAUAGCGACGGUGUAUCAGUUCCUGACAAUCCUCCACAUCGUACUCGUAAUCUAACAGACGUCGAAGAUAAUUCACGAAUUGUGUUUCCUGAUGAUAAUCUGCUAGAGCCAUCUGUGGACGACACUGGAGUUCCGCUAUGUGCUCAGAAGACUAAAAGUACUUUUUGUGAAACGGUAGAGGACUAUCCAGCUUUGCGCGUGUAUGAAGCAGUGAAUUCGUUACCUGGAGAUGUACUUCAGAUGUUACUUGAGAAGCUGUCUUCAGAAGUUCAGGGAAGAACCAAGUUUUCCGCGGAUGAUCUCACCGACGAACCGAUCUGUACGUCCAUGUUAAAUACUUUCAAGCCGCAAGUAGGAGAAAACAUCAAGAAAAAAUGGCUUUAUAUCGUAAAUAAUGUUGAAGUAGAACAAUUUGUGACGUCAGAGACGUGUUCGGAAGAUGGGAAUCCUUGCCGUUACGUAAAGGAUAACUUGCCUUUUGGUUAUAGUAGCCAAUGUAAACAGAAGUACGCCUACAAGAACCUUUUAGCUAUUCAUCCAAAGAAGAAAUCUACAUUUUUGGAUUCAUUUCCUUUUCCCUCGUGUUGUUCGUGCUUUAUCAAACUUCCGCCAGAAUUCCGUCGCAAGAAACCGGAAACAAGAGUAGAGGAUUCCGGAAGCGGACUUAGUUAAUACGUUUAUGAACUUGAAAUUUCUCCCUUUCACCUUAGCUGUGCCGCUAAUAAACACCCGAAGUUGGAGUCUUUUUGUGUGACGUUAAGAAAAACGAUUACACAAGACCAAGACGCACCUAAAUCCUUUGAUUUGUUUCAAUUCCUCAAUAAAGCAUUCGGGAAUCGAUGAAUGUUGUAUAUGUUUUAAUGAAUAUGGCAGGAAAUUAGUGUGAGAAAGAAUGUACCAUUUUGUUUUUAUUAUCACUUGACUCUCAUUUUAAUAUUGUUUUAUGUAUACCUCUUUGGCCAAACUAAGUUGAAUUGUUUGCAUUAAAAUGUGGCCACGUAUAAAACUCAUUGUUUAAAACAUUUGACGUAUUUCGUUGUAUUGUCUUUUAAUCUGCUAGAAAUAGCCACUUAGUAAAGAAGUGGUGGUGGUGGGGGAAAAUACAAGAAAGAAGUAUUAUUUGAUGAUGACCAGAUUAUGUAUGCCUUUUUUUAAUAAAUAUUUUUGUCGUAGAUUUUUAAAAGAAAAUACAAGAAAGAAGUAUUAUUUGAUGAUGACCA